UUACAAAUGAGGUUGGAGCUGCCCAUGCGUGCUGUUUGCAUUUUUAUUUUGUUGUAACAGCUUGGCAGUGAUCAAAGGGUUAAGCGAGACACGGUUUCAUUUCUUCCUUGUAAAGUGGUGGGGGCUGAGACACAAGAGGCUUGGCUGGGAUCUUUAAACACCUCCGGCUGAGAUAAGCACACACUGUGUUUGCUCAGGUACAAAAGGAGUGCUUAUAAGUAUGGGUGGAAGUCAGUGCCGCAGAUAUUUCUUGCGGGCCUCUCUCCUCCAGAAGUCCGUGCACCUCCACGCCUGCUGACGGCUGCUGUUGCUGCUGCUGCUCACACAGGGACGGCUACUCCACUGGUUACUUCACUGAUGCAUCAAAGUUUGACAGAGGCUGGCUCUCCCUGGCACAUCUACCCGAGGACUCCUUACCUGGUGCACAGGUGCGUGCCGCGGCAUACACCCUGAAACCUGGGAAAAACACAACAAUAGAAAUCUCUUCAGUGCACAAAGGUGACAGCCUAAUCUCUUACGGCAUGCUGUUUUGAACUGUGCAUCGCUACGAAAGAAAGAAGGAAAUCCGAGAGGUAACUCCUCCGCGCUGCCCUGAAGGUAAUUCCUUCAGACCUCCUAUUCUGCGGCUGCUGAUGGUGGAGCUGACUGGGCACAUCUGCUGGAGCUCCACGUGCUCCCAACAAUUCAUAGUCUGCAGGGGGGGCGCAGGAACGCUUCUGUCACUACAUCCCUCCAAGGACGCCAAGGAGAUCCUGUCAGCGCUAAGAGCAUGGGCACCCUGGAGAGCAGCAGUGCCCUGCACCCAAGUCGGAACAGCCUGCCGCAGAGCUCACUGACCUUGCUUGAGAAACAAGAUGGGGCAGCCUGGGAGUUGGCGGACAGUAGUGGCGCAGCUGAACCUUCUUGCUACGAUGUGCUUUACAGUGAAGACCCUCAUGGCUGGCUUCUCCGUGUGGCACCCCCCAGCAAGGAGCCUGAUCAGUGUCCUGUCAUUGACAGCCAAGGACUGUGCCUCAGCCCGGAGCUGGACUGCCAGAUUGAGGAACGCUCUUUGGAGCAGGUGCAGAGCCUGGUUGUGGGCGAGGUGCUCAAGGACAUCGAAACGGCAUGCAAGCUGCUAAACAUCAUGCCAGAUCCAAUGGACUGGAAUCCUGGCAAUGUUCAGAAGUGGGUGCUGUGGACAGAGCACCUCUAUAGACUUCCACAGGUGGGCAAGUUCUUCCAGGAUUUGAGUGGCAAGGAUAUCUGUGCCAUGACAGAGGAUGAGUUCAGACAAAGGUCCCUGCUCUCUGGAGAUGUGUUGUAUGCCCAUCUUGACAUAUGGAAGUCAGCUGCGUGGAUGAAAGAAAGGACAUCACCAGGAGACAUCAAGUACAAUGGUAUUGAUGAAUUGUGGGCAUCAACAGAAGCAGACUCCUCCUGUUCGGGGCAGCCGAUUCACUUGUGGCAAUUCCUGAAGGAGCUGCUUUUGAAGCCACACAGUUAUGGUCGAUGCAUUCGUUGGUUGAAUAAGGAGAAAGGAAUCUUCAAAAUUGAGGACUCUGCUCAAGUGGCCCGCCUCUGGGGAAUCCGUAAGAACCGUCCAGCCAUGAACUAUGACAAGCUGAGCCGCUCCAUCCGGCAGUACUAUAAGAAGGGCAUCAUCCGCAAGCCAGAUGUCUCUCAGAGGCUGGUCUACCAGUUUGUCCAUCCCGUAUGAAAACUCAGGGAAAGCAUCAGGAACUAAGAGAGCAUGCCCUGCACAUGGACCAGGCAGGGUGGUAGAAUGUGACAGACUGUCACAACUUCUCAGCUAGCCAGGGAUUAACCCCCACAGCCCCAAUCCAACUCAAAGCCAGACUUUUCAGUACAAGUUUUGGAACAUCAGAAAAAUGACUGUUUUUGUAUUGUUUAAUAUUUUCAUAUUUUUUACUGCCAGUUUUGUUGACUGUUUCUUUUUUGUUACCAAUGAAGUUUUGAAGCUGCUUUGGCUUUCUUUAAAACCAAAAGACAAGAUGAGACAAGAAGUGGAAACUGAAGAAGCUUGCUGAAUCCUACCAUGCAGCCGCCUGAUCCCUUUAUUCCUCCCUUUACUCGUGUUCAAGGAACUCUUUAGGAAAGGAUAGGAGAGGCGUCUCCAUUGAGAUGAAGGAAUUGGAUCUCUUGUGUCAUAUAUACGGGAUCCCUGUAGCCCACAGGGUGGCCAGUGAACCUCGUCAUCCAGUUCUUCCCAAAGUGACUUUAGUCAUGGAGCGUGUGUUCUGGCACUGGGUGUGGACUUGUCACAAUUUUGUUACAAUGAGGCCUUUGGCUUUCACUCAAGCGUGAAAGUACAUUAGAAAUACAGCUUUUGGUUUCAUGCACUUUAUUCAGCGGAAGGCAACCUUUAAAGAAAACAGGCCAGGUUUGUGUUUUUGUUAGUUUUGAUUUUUUUGACAGCACUUGUUUUCUUUUCACUGGCUAACACUGGAAAUAGGCACAGCUUUGCUAAAAUAAACAGAGGUAUCCUUUUAACUAUGUGUGAGAAUAUGGCAAAACAAGCCCUCGGCAUCAUUGAACUUAAUCCGUCUUCUUGUUUUGCCAACACUAAACUUGAGAGUUUGUGUGACCGCCCUAUUGGGGUUAUGUGGGUACAGCCUGCCUACCAUACUAACAUUUCAACUGGCAAUCUAUCAAAGCAGCCCCAACAGUCAGAGGUGUGACACUUUAGACAAGAAGGAUGUUGCUAUUCUUAUAGUGCCUUUCAUUGUCAACAUCUGAGAAACCCAUCCAUGCAUCAUAGCACAGGUAGGAGAAGUGGCUGACAUGCUGGACGUGAGGUCACAAACACAAUCACACUUUUACACACCAAAUCCAGACAUUACAGGACUGGCCAUAUACCCUGUAGAAGGAUUCAUGUGCUCACAUUUGUAAGGCUGAACUAUUAAAUUUGUGGCUUGAUAGCACUGGGACAGUACCAGGAUGGAGAAGUGGUGUCUAAAAGAGCCAUCACUGCCCAGAAUGUUUUCAUCCUGUUUAUACUCUGACUGUAUCAUCUCACUAUCUCAAUGCACUUCCCAAAAGUUUCACACUAUUUUCUUCCUCAGUUUGAAUUCACAGCAGGUAUGGUGCAAAAACAAAAGGCAGCAGAAUGUGCAACUUAACCUCUUAAGUUCUAAGACUAAGAGGGAGACCAAACAAGUACCAGUAUGAAAAACUCUAAUGAAGCAAACCAGCAAUCUUUGUGCCGACUGCACAGGGAAGCAGUCAUUUUGGAUAGAGAUGGAAUCAGAAGAUAGAUCAUAAAAAAAUAACUAGCCAAAAGUCAAAACUGGAAAGACCAGUUAAGAUUACUAAUCCCAGCCGAGAAUAAGAGACUAGAAUUAUACAUAAAGAAUUGUUACAAGAAUGUCAGAAAGCAGAACAAUGAAAAAACUGUUUAGUCAAGGGGUGGAAAAAAAUUAAAAACCAUUAAUUAUUUUAAAUGCUCCAACAAUAACAUAUUAGGUUGUAUCCACAAACUUGGAUGAUGAGCACUUGUGUUUUGUAUGAUGGGGAUCAAUCAGACAAUAGCACAUAAGUAGUAUAAUCCUAUCAUCGACUCUGCUGCUACGUAUCGUACACCUACAGUUUUGUUAAUCAGUUCUCCAAGUGGCAUUGGUGCCUGCAUACCUUUAUUCUGCAAUCGUGUGUGUGACUUUUGUGUUUUUUUCACCAAGCCAAAAAAAGCACAUCAGGUCAUAUUGAACAUCAAAACAAUGAUGAUCACGUCUUUGCAAAUUGACAGAUUUGUUAAUAAAGAGUUUCCCAAUGAACAGACUGUUAAUCAGCAACAAUACACUGAACUGCUGAAGCGUCUGUGGGAAAGCAUCAGGAAAAUAUCAUCUGACGCAGUGAUGUGAGGAAAACUGCACCUUCACACUCCGCAGCACCAUGACAGCAAACACCACACUGUCAAUCAAAGACCAAAAACAAUGUGCAACCACACCCCAUUCACCGGGUCUCACUCCUUCUGACUUCUUUUUGUUCCUGUAAUUAAAAUUGAGACUGGAGGGAAGACAAUUUGCUACUGUAGAAAAAAAUCGCAAGCGACUGUAGACACAGUAAUAAAAAAUGAGUACAGGAAAUGUGUCCAGGAAUGGAAGAAGCGCCGGGACAAAGCGUAUUGUAUCUCAAGGGAAGUAUUUUGACGUUGACUAAAAUAGAAUUGCUGCAUGUUGUAUAAUAUCUAUAUAUUUUUUAUCAAUUUUGGGAAUUUUUGGGUCCCCUCUAGUUAGUCACUGCACUGGUGAUGUCUGUGUAAGAAGUCACUGGGAAAUUACAGGUAAUCAAAAUUAUAAACACUAUAAUGAGAAAAAAGAUGACCCUGCAAGAGAACGUAUUUACCUUGCAACACUAUUAAAAAUCCUUCUGAUUCCAAAACCAAGGUGAAGACCAGAUUCAUUGACCUCUAAACCCCCCACUGCAAAUGAAUGGAGCAAGGAGAAACUGUAAAAAUAUAAAAAUGAAUGCCAGAUCAUAGUGAUCUUAGGGUGAGCAUGCAAGGGCUUGCUUCACUCAUGUAACCCUGCAAGAUUAGUUAAGCACCUGCGUAAACCACAGGGAUAAGAAAUGGCAUAACAUAAAAAGAAUAUUAGCACAUAAAAUGGAAGACAUAAUCAAAUACACGGGUCAAAAACCAACGUGACCCUUAUCAUCGAACCCUGAAAUAUUAAUAAUUAGUACAUGGCUGUGUUAAAUUUCAAAAAUACUGUAUAGAUAAUUGCAAUUCAAAUUUAUAUUAAGACUAGCUGCAAUUAGUGUUGCGUUUAAGAAUAUUGAAUCUGAAAUAAUAAACCAGCUAAGCUGUUCCCAUAGUUCAUAUUUCUUUCAGUACCUGUUCGUAAAAUAAAUCUGAAAAAAUUGCCAAAAAUGAACAAAGCUUCCCCAUCCCAAUUUCUUUUUGCUCUGAACAGCAUUCCCCGACACUAACGUUAAAGAAAAUACGGAAACAACUUGGACUGACGCAUACCACAAUCAGCAAACAGUUCCCAACACUGAAUUAUCUUCCGAUACUCGCACCCAAUAAAGAAUAAGACAAAUGUGGAUAACAUUGCUUGUAUUUGACGAGAAGACCAAGGAUCAUCACAGUGUAAAUAUACCCAAACAAGAGUAAAUGUGGAUGGCGUCAUCUGAUCUUCAGGAUUUCAAUCCCAACCUGGUCUGUCUGCGUCAGGUUUCUGCGUUCUUCCUCUAUUGAUGUAGAUUUUUCACACAAAUUCUAAAGAAGUGUGUUGAUUAAUUAGUUCUUUAAAAUCAUUCAAUGAAUCGUGAGUGAAUAUGCCAGUUUUGAUGAGAGCAGAAAUUGGAUCAAGCUAGACAAUAUCUUUAGGUGCAUUAUGGGCCAUAAUAUCAAAACUCAGUUCAUAACAUUGCCAUCUGCAGCAGCAACUAAAACAACAGCAUGCUGGUAUUUCUGUCAUCGUUACAAUUAGAACUCUCGGCUCUUACAAUUCUGUGGGAGAUUUUGGGGGGACUGGGAAUGUGCAACCUCUGUUGGCCUCUUCAAGUGUAGGUGUGUAUGAUGAAUGAUGCUCUAGAGCAGAUUGGGUGCACUAAUGCCACUCAUUCACAGAGCAGGUAGCUUUUCCAAUUGAUCAUGUGCCAUCACGUCAUCUGUCACUGCCAAGUCUUCUCCACUGUAGUCUGCUCUAAAACUGCCUUCAAACGUCUUCAAAACGAGUCCCCACGGACAACCACUAACAUUAAGUGUGCCUGACUUUUGUACAAUUAUUGAAGUGUUUGCCAUGAAGAUUCCACUGCCCUGUACUCAAGUUUUAUGAAUCCUAUUAUAAUGUUGUGAUCUUUGUUUUGUUUGUUAAAAUGUAUAUAUUUAAAAAAAAGAAAAUGCAUUGUAGUUUUUAAGAAAAAAAUUGAA